AUGGAAAGUAUCAAGGACUGGAUUGCGCCCUUGAUCAGCAGGAUCGACAAGGAUAACGGUGGUUAUAGUCCUACAAUCGUCAUCUCAGGCAAGACCGGCUACUGUUGCCAGCUGCAGAAGGCGAGUCUCCUCUUCUUCUUGACGUUCAGGAGUGCGGAAAGCCCUCAGGAGGAACUCCAUGCGACAGCAAACGACGCACAGCACCAUAUCAAUUUGGUAUUUGAUGUAGUAGAGACGAACAGAUGGGAAGCAGAGUUGAAAGACCUGGCACCCAAGGAGCGAAGAGAUCUGACCCAGUAUCAGCGUGCGACUUUUGCACUCCAAUCAUUCGAGAUGCGGAUGGAGUCAAGAAAGACCGGGCAACUGCCUAGGGUGUUUCUUUACGUCAAGAAAUGGCAUAUAUGCGGCAGCUCUGACGAGACGCUGUACUAUCCUGAUGUCAAAGAGUUUGGAGAUUCUGAUGACAACGAUGCGGGGAGGAAUGCGACUGUGGUAAUAUCGAGAUGGUGGAACGGUGGAGUGAUAUCAUCCCCUGUGUCACCAUCCAAGGCGACAAUCGGGAAUUCAAGCUUGGACCACGAAGACGGACAAGAAAAAGAGAUCAUUGGGUAUCAAAGGCCCGGCAAGUGGUCUACAGAAAACGCCACGGCCAUAUGUGCUGCAUAUGGUCCAGGUAUACUCGACGCAGGCGUCGCUGGGAACGGAGACGGGGAUGGACCCCCACGCCGUCAAAGCCAGCCAUACGCCCGAUGGUCUCCCCAAGACACAAUCUCUGCAGGCCCUUCUGGGUCUGGUCCUCUCGUACAGGAAGAACGAGUUGCCUCAUUGCCUACGCCUCCCCGAGAGCCGCAAACUUUGAAUGUUUCGGCUGUUAUUCCUUCUCCCACAUCUCUUUCCUUGCCCGUCCAGCCUCGCAAGAGACAAUCUGUGUCUCCUAGUAGGCGCAUCACCGACGUAUUCGCCCCUACUUUGCCCGCCUCUAGCCAGCCGGCAUCACCUUCUGCUGGCGAUGCUGAUUCGGGAAGCACGUCAUCUCAAGGGCACAAUGUGCUCCCUUACUCUCCGAUACCUUUGUCAUCGGCUCCGCCUUCGUCUUCCCCGCUUCCUUCGGCAUCGGCUGUGCAAGCUAUCCGUCGUGCGGCUGCCGAGGUCGCGCCCAGCCUGCCGCCGAGCUCUCCGCUCUUCUCUCAGCCUUCUUCUCCCUCUCACUAUACACAGCCAGGUAGCCGCAUCCAGAAGCAGAACGGCUUGCAACAAAAGUGGGACAGUGGUCCUCUUGCUCAAGCCCGAGGAAAAGCACGAGAACAGGCGGUUGAGAGGUAUGACUACGUGGAUGAAGAGGAUGAGAGUGAGGAUGACGGGAAUGAGAUGGAGAUCAAGGCGGCGUUCGGGGAAAGAGCGAUUCUGCCGAAUAGCCAAUCUGGGAAACAAGAUGUGCGCAGACUCUCUCCGACCAAACGCCAGAAAGACCCGGACGCGACGCCAAGGUCGAAGAGGAAGAGGCUAGCAAUGGAGCACGUGAGCGAUCGGCUGAGGGCUGAAGCGGAGCGAGACAACGACGAGAGUCAGGGGAAGGAAGACAACAGAGGCUCCAAGGGGAAAGCGUACGAGGAGGAGGAAGAAGUGGGGGGCCAUCAAACAGACGGUGAAGACGAGGAAGAAGAUAUGGAAGAGGAAGAAAGAGGAGACAGUGACUUUGCGGGUUCUAAGACAAAAACCCAGUCACCCAUCCUUUUCAAGCCUGUACCGAAAGUGAAUGGUUUCAGGCUGGACAUGUUUCUGAGAUUUGGAGGGCUGACGGAAGAAUAUGCGAGGAAAGCGUUAGAACAGGCGGAGAAGAAGCGAAGGGAGCAGAGGAGGAAGAGCGGUCCGGUAUGA